AUGCAUCCAUUCGCUUCUGGUAAUCCAGCGGAUAUUGUCAAGGAAAUUGUGGAAUUCCCGAGUAAAGGGAUUUAUGCAGUAAAUGCUAUUUAUAGGAAUCUUCUUUACGUUUAUCCUCGAUCAGUUAAUUUAUCCAGUCGUUCUGGUCCAUCACGUAAUAUUGCUAUACAUGUGGAAUUGAUGAAUGCUCAGGAAAAGCCAAUCUAUGCUAUAUUUGGUAAAUCUAGUGGACCAAAUAUCACUUUUUCUGCUGAUACGGCAGUUUCCUAUCACAAUAAAACGCCUACUUUUUGUGAUGAAAUAAAAAUCAAUUUGCCGGUUGACUUAAAUGAUGGCCAUCACUUAUUAUUCACUUUUUUCCACAUUACUUGUAAGGCAAACAAAGUUGGCGAUGAAGUGAAAAUACCCAUAGGUUAUUCAUGGAUUCCUUUACUCAAAGAUGGGCGAUUGCAAACCGGUGAAUUUGCUUUACCGAUUGCAUUAGAACAAUUACCACAAAGUUAUGGGUAUCUUUCACCGGAUGUCAAUUUGCCAAAUGUUAAGUGGCUGGAAGGACACAAACCGCUUUUUGAUAUUAAACUUGAAGCCGUUACAACAGUUCAUACACAGGAUUCCCAUUUGGACAAAUUUCUGCUUGCAUAUCAGUCGUUAAGUAUAAACGAUAAAAAGAAUCCACCGGUAUCGGAAGCUGAUUUAAAGGAUGCAAUACGCAGUGUUAUAAAAGCUCGUCCGGAGCCAAUGGUUGCUUUCCUGUAUGUUAUACUGGAUAAGCUAUUAGCAUUAAUUGCAAAUCCUCCAUAUACCGUAUCUGUGUCGGCCGUAUGUUUUGAAGUGCUUGGACAACUUGUCAAAAUAUGUACCGUUCUCUUGAAUAGCUUCCGUGAUGCGCAUGGUCGUAGUUCACUCCUGACGACCUAUAUACAUUACCACAAAAUUGCUCUGAAAGAAACUUCAAUUGUCCAGUCAAACAACAGUAAGACGGAACCGAAACCGGAGAGUACUGUACGAAUGCCUACUUCACCGGAAAGUAAACAUUUGCUCGAUAUUAUCAAAGAAUUUGAGCGAACAAAUUAUAUGAAAGCAUCUGUUGAAGGUGAUUAUGAACUGAAAACACCAAAAAAGAUGAUGCACGAAGAAUUAGCAUUGCAAUGGGUAAUCAGUGGUGGUGCAGCUCGAGAAAUGGCUUUUCUUAAUUCCUGGUUUUUCCUUGAACUCAUGGUUAAAUCAAUGGCAGAACAUUUAUCUCUUUCAAAUCGUUUGUAUUUGCCACGCAAACUUCGUUUUAGUGAAGCUUUCAUCCAAGAUUUGAAUGCUCUUUCUCAGGCUAUUGUCAAUGAGGUGAUUCAAAGAACUUCGAAAGAUCCAAGACAGUCACAAUCAAUCAGUACAUCAUGGGCUUAUUUCUUACGUGAUUGUUUCUCAUUAAUGGAUAGAACUUUUGUGAUGACAUUGAUCGGAGAAUUUAACCGCGAAAUUGCUAUUAAAAUAGGAAAUUCUACCGAAUCAUGUAUAGUCCCGACUCUCAUGCUGAUUAAACUUGACUUUUUGCGUAUUAUUGCCUCUCAUGAGCAUUUUGUUGUGUUGAAUUUACCAUUUGGUUCGAGUAAUCUGCAGGGUAUGUCAACAAGCCAUUCUGGUGGAUCAUUUCAUUCAGCAGCAUCGGCAUUUUCGUCUAGUUCGGAAGGUAGCGCUAAUUUAUCAGUUUCCUUACAUCAUUCUUCUUCACAAAUUCAACCAUCUAGUCCGGGAAAUUCAAGUAUUAGUAGUAGUAGCCAAGCAAAUGAAUCACAUAGUGCAAUUGGAUCAGCAGAACUAACUGCUGAGUUUCGUUCACGACACUUUCUAAUUGGGCUUGCUCUUGCUGACCUUGCUUCUGUUCUUGAUACAUCAAAUACACUGCUUCAUUCACGUGCUAUAGGCCUUAUUCGUAAUUUGCUAAGUAGCCAUGAAUUGGAUGCUCGACUUCUUGAUAAUGCGGUAAAAGCACGAAUAGCAUCUUUAUAUUUACCAAUGAUUGGUAUUGUUUUGGAUGCGUCAACUCAAUUACACGAUCCUUACUCGAAAUCUUCCAGUGUUAACUAUGACAUUUCCACGCCAAUUUCUAAUGGUUACACGACCGAAAUAGAUAAUGGACCAUUUAUUAGCGAUAAAGUUAUGCUUGCAAUUGGUGGAAUGAAUUUUUCACCACCAUGUUCACCUCGAACCGAACGAAAACAUAUUGGUUUAGUCCGACCAUCAAUUUCAUUGGAAAAUACACGUCAACUAUUAGCAUGUUUCUGUUGGGCGUUAAAAAAUAUGGAACGAUCAUCUUUGCGUCAAUGGAUUCGCGAUUUGUCAUCUCAUCGAAUUUUACAGUUUCUUGAUGUUCUACAACUUGCUGUUUCAUGUUUCGAAUUCAGAUCAUCUUUCUGUCCUAAUCAAGGUAUCACUGAGAUUACAGAGGAAAUAAAGAACGAAGGUAGUAAUGUUGACGAUUCAUCAGUUAAAGAACUUAGCCGGAAAAAAUCACGUAGUGCAGCUGAUUCUGAAAGUGGAAUUCGUUGGCGUAAAGAAACUAAAGAUUCACAAGUAAAAGGUUCUUGGAAAAGUUGCACAGGUAGUAGCGGUGGACACUCAAGCGAUGAACCUAUCCAAACUGAUGAAGAUGUUAUCCUUGAAGCAACUCUUUGCACCGAGAUACCAUUAAUAGUGCUGGAUACGUUAGAAUUAAUCAUACGUGUGGUGUCGGUUCUCGGUUCUGAUUAUCUCUUUUAUGUGUUAUCAUCUGUAUUAAAAGUAUUGAUGCAUAUUCUUGCUUGCAAUCAAUCAGUGCAGACUUUGGAAAAUGUUUUUGCAAGUCAGCGUGCAAUAGUUACAAAGUUUCCAGAUUUAUUAUUUGAACAGGAAACUGAACAGUGUGGUGAAUUAUGCCUUCAUCUACUAAGACACUGUGCAUCUCGUUUACCAGCUGUUCGUUCUCAGGCUGCAGCUUCGCUAUAUUUAUUGAUGAGGCAAAGUUUCGAAUCAGGUGCAAGUUUUUCAAAAGUUAAGAUGCAAAUUACGAUGUCAUUGAGUACACUGGUUUCUACGGGUACCAAAUAUGGUGACUGGAUAAAUGAAGAUUGUUUACGUCACAGUUUAAAAACUGUGCUUACAUAUUCAGAAACAGAUGCAUCAAUUGAUUCUCAGCUACGAAAUACAACUUUUUCGGAGCAGGUGAAAGAUCUAGUUUUCAAUUUACAUAUGAUAUUAUCGGAUACAGUAAAAAUGAAAGAAUAUACAAAUGAUUUUGAAAUGUUAAUUGAUUUGAUGUAUCGUGUCGCUAAAGGAUAUCAGAACAAUCCAGAUCUUAGAUUGACAUGGUUGAUAAAUAUGGCAAAUAAGCAUGCAGCUCGAGAUAAUGCAGCAGAAGCUGCACAAUGUAUGUUACAUGCAGCUGCUUUAGCUGCUGAAUAUAUUUCGAUGCGUGAAUAUGACGUAUAUGUACCUAAAGGUGCUGCUGCUUUCGAAGCCAUAAGUGAUAAUAUUCUCGAGGAAAGUGCUGUUUCGGAUGAUGUUAUUAGUCCUGAUGAAGAAGGUAUUUGUGAAAGUCGUCAUUUUACACGAAAUGGCUUAGUACAUUUGGUGGAGAAGACGGCACAGUUUAUGGAGAAAGCUCAAAUGUAUGAAUCAAUGAUACAACUGUAUAAGGUAAUAACACCAAUUUUGGAAGAAAAUCGUGAUUAUCGGCAUUUGGCACAAGUACAUAGUUGCCUAAGUCAAGCUCUUUCACGUAUUGAGCCAACUGUACCGCUAAUUGAAGAUAUCGCCGAUGCAUGGUAUUCACCUUUACCAAGUGCUGACAAACGUUGUUUUGGCACCUAUUUUCGGGUAGGUUUUUAUGGCAGUCGUUUUGGAGAUUUGGACGGUGUCGAAUUCAUCUACAAAGAACCGGCCAUUACAAAAUUGUCCGAAAUCAGUCAUCGUUUGGAUACAUUUUAUACAGAUCGUUUUGGAAAAGGAGUUUUGGAAGUUAUUAAAGAUUCAAAUACUGUUGAUCGAAAUCGUUUGGAUUCUACAAAAGCUUAUUUGCAAAUCACAUAUGUGGAGCCGUAUUUGGAGAAUUGGGAACGUCGUCGUCGUCCAACUCAUUUCGAGAGGAAUCACAGAUUAUAUCGAUUCGUUUAUGCGACACCAUUCACGAAAGAUGGUCGAGCUCAUGGUGAUUUGAAGGAUCAAUACAAAAGACGAACUGUCCUAGCCACGCAGUAUUGUUUUCCUUAUGUGAAAACACGUCUUCGGGUGGUGAGUCGUGAACAAAUCAUUUUGACGCCAAUAGAAGUUGCAAUUGAAGAUGUCCAAAAACGAACUCGUGAAUUAGCCGCUGCUACUGUGCAAGACCCACCAGAUGCUAAAAUGCUUCAAAUGGUACUGCAAGGUUGCAUCGGUACCACUGUCAACCAAGGUCCUAUAGAAGUUGCCAACGUGUUCCUUACAAAUAUGAUUUUGGAUGAACAUGGCAAGCCGAUGGAUAAAUUCCAGAAUAAGCUUCGCUUAUGUUUUAAAGACUUCUCAAAAAAAUGUGCUGAUGCUCUUCAAAAGAACAGAAAGCUUAUCCAAGCUGAUCAACAAGCUUAUCAGAAUGAACUGCAAAAAAAUUAUAUCGAAUUUACGAAACGAAUGGCACCAAUUGUUGGCAUUCGUAAAACUAAGUGUUCCGAAGCGCAUACUCUAAAAGCUGUACAUGCAGCUGCUGUUGCUGCGGAACUUGGACCGGUUACUGCAGUGUGA